AUGCUAAGAUCGGCCAGAGUAACAAAAGCAGAGAAAAAAGUAAUGGGAAAGCACAGCAUUGGAGAGAGGAAUGAAAAUAGAGACAGACUAAUAGAAUUUUGUGAAACAAACGAAUUAGUGAUAGGAGAAAGCCUUUUCCCUCACAAAAACAUCCACAAAACGACCCCGGAAUCACCCGAUGGCAAAACAAAGAACCAAAUCCACCACAUUAUGAUAAGUCAAAGAUGGAGAAGCUCGUUGCAUGAUGUAAGAGCUAUGAGAGGAGCAGAUGUUAACUCCGACCACCACAUGAUACUAGCCAAAGUAAAAAUCAAACUGGCAAAGAACGCAAAAAUUGAGACAAAGAGAAUAAAAUACAAUGUAGACAAGCUGAAAAACCUGAUUGAUAAGGACAUAUUCCAAUUAGAACUAAGGAAUAGAUUCAGUGCACUAUACAGUGAGGAUCAAGAACUAGAUAUUGAGGGUGAAUGGACUGCUGGAAGGGCUAUCAUCAAGAAUACACGUGAAGAAGUCUUAGGAAGGAAAAUCAACAAGAAGAAAGAAUGGAUGUCUGAUACCACAUAA